GAUUGGUACCUGUGGGGAGAGCAGAUACCUGAAAUCAACAGGUACCUGCUACCACUUCAGCUACGAUCGCCUAAGCGAUCGGAAGUAAAAGUUGUCCUCUCCCUUCCCUCCCCGCAGUCUUCUGGAACACGUGACAGGUCCCAGAAGACUACAGGCCAUUCACAAAGCGCAGCGCUUCUCAUGCAUGUGCAGUGGGCACCUGGCUGUGAAGCCGCAAGCGGUCACAGCCGGGUGCCCACACUGAAGAUGCCGAUGCCAGGGAGAGAAGACGGCCGGUGAAACCAGCGGCGGUGAAGACACCGCUG